GCCCUGCCCUUCAGCGGGCGCCCAUGAACAUCAAGGCCCCAACAAAGCUGGCUGUGGGCAGAGUGAGGUUCUUCGGCCAACACCGCGGGGAGGUCAACUGCUCUGCCUUCUCCCCUGAUGGCCAGACCCUGCUCACAGCCUCAGAUGACGGUUAUGUCUAUGUAUGGGACACCAAGAGUAGGAGACUGCUGUGGAGAAUGGCAGGCCACAGAGGACCAGUGAAGUUCUGUCGCUUCUCCCCUGAUGGCCGCCUCAUUGCCAGCUCUUCCUGUGACUGCACCAUUCGUCUGUGGGAUGUGGCAAGAUUCAAGUGUCUUCAUGUGCUGAAAGGUCAUCAGCGGAGCGUGGAGACAGUCAGCUUCAGCCCUGACUCAAAGCAGCUGGCAUCAGGUGGCUGGGACAGAAGGGUCAUUCUCUGGGAGGUGCAGGCCACUGGUUCCUGGGAUUCAACUGUGCAUAUUUGGGACCUGCGGGUGGCAACCCCAGCUGUCUCCUACCAGGAAUUGGAGGGCCAUACUGGCAACAUCAGCUGCUUGUGCUACUCAGCAUCUGGCCUCUUGGCAUCUGGCUCCUGGGACAAGACCAUCCGUAUCUGGAAACCCACAACAAACAGCCUACUUUUUCAGCUCAAGGGUCAUGCCACCUGGGUUAAAAGCCUAGCAUUUUCUCCUGAUGAACUGAGACUGGCCAGUGCUGGUUACUCCCCAACAGUCAAAGUCUGGGACUGCAACACAGGACAAUGCCUAGAGACAUUAAAGGGCCUGCUGGAUGUGGCCCAUGCUUGUGUUUUCACCCCUGAUGGCAAACUCUUAGUGUCAGGGGCUGCUGAUGUGACAAGAUGACAAGUAUGCUGUUCAAAGUCUCAAGAACAUCUUCCUCGGAACUUACCACAGGCCUAAAGUAACUAAG